AUGUCUUCCUCGACCCCAGCGCCGCCAUCGCCGUCGGCCAGCUUCUACGACUUGAGCGACGAUGAAGAGGGCGAAUACAACACGAUCCGACAUACAAGCAGUGGGAAGGGAGUGAAACUACUAUACACAAAGAGCAAAGUAUACGUACACCCUUCGCCUUCCUCAAAGGACAACAUCCCAGGCUUCGUCGCUUUGGUUCAGCAGAAGUCGAAUCGAACUGCCAACGAUGCGCGUCCAGCCUCAUCCUCCUCCGCUCGAAGCGUGAACGCGUCAUCGCUGCUCCUCGCCUGGAUCCCAGAGUCAAACCUCGGCGAUGCAUACGAUACAUACGUCAAGGUCGACCUAUCAGACUCCUCGUCACCACCAAGACAGUCAUACCUCGUGCCUCCGCCUCCUACACCAUCCUCACACGCCGGGACUCCCGGCUAUACAUUCGCAUUGCCUGUCAGCGAGAUAUACUCGGUUCUUAUACGGCCACCGAGCAUCGGCUGGUGGUUUGGAAGCGUCGUCAUCAAUACUCGAGCCGGAGACAGUUUCCCUGCACUUUUCUUCCAUGAUAGCGAGUGUCAGUCUACCAUCAUGCAGCGGAAAAAGUUGGCCAAGGAAAGCUUUGAUCCGUUCGGCGACGGAGGGGGCAUGUUUUGGGGUGGCGACGAGGUACUGAGAUGGCUCAAGAGAUAUGUUACAGUUGAACGGUCAGGAGCUGAUCCAAGCAUAUAUCUUAUCGACCCUUCGGAAGACGACAAGAAAUCGUUCGGCAAAGACGUUGCACCAAGGAAGAGCACUGAAGGCAAAGCAGACGCAUCAUCCUCACAGCAGUCUGGUAAGCGGGACGGUGGGAUGGAUCCGGUCACAAAGGCGCUCAAGGAGGCCAGAUGGAACUUCCUCGAGAAGCUCAGCCAGGUCACAACCUUCACGCGAAGGACUGCUCAGGCCGUGGCAGAUAACCCCAAGAUUCCGCCUCAGGUUAGGCGCCUGAUCCAGAACCCCGAGGUACAGACAUUACAAGAAGAGUUCGAUAGCGCACGGUUGUAUCUCGCGAGGUGGGCUAUGGGCAUUGCGGAGCAAAGCGAGCGGGAGCGCAACCAGCGAAUCUGGACAGCGAAAGAUGUCCUGGCUAUGGAAGAAAGCGAUGUCGGCGACUUCGAGAUUCUCGAUAUGGACAAGAUGACCAUGGCCGACCGAAGGAAACCAGUCACUUUGACCGAGUGGAAAGGCUUCUUCGACCCCAAGGGACGGUUGCAACUGACACCAGACGAGGUCAAAGACCGAAUCUUCCACGGAGGGUUAGAUGCUGACGACGGUGUAAGAAAGGAGGCAUGGCUGUUCCUUCUCGGAGUUUACGAAUGGGAUAGCUCAGAGGAAGAGCGACGUGCGAACAUCAACAGCCGGCGAGAUGAGUACAUUCGACUCAAGGGCGCUUGGUGGGAGCGAAUGGUUGAGGGAAACCAGAAUGAAGAGCAAGAAGAGUGGUGGAGAGAACAGAAGAACAGGAUAGAUCGCAAUAUCCCCAUUUUCGCCGGCGAGGAUAUUCCCCAUCCCGAUCCUGACUCGCCUUUCGCGGACGUGGGCACUAACGUUCACCUGGAGCAGAUGAAGGACAUGCUCCUCACAUACAACGAGUACAACAAGGACCUUGGCUACGUUCAGGGUAUGAGCGAUCUACUUGCACCCAUCUACGCAGUCAUGCAGGACGAUGCCGUCGCAUUCUGGGGCUUUGUUGGAUUUAUGGAGCGCAUGGAGCGCAAUUUCCUACGGGACCAGUCAGGUAUGCGCAAGCAGCUCAUGACCCUCGACCAUCUCGUACAGCUCAUGGACCCCAAGCUAUAUCUUCACCUUCAGUCUGCCGAGUCAACCAACUUCUUUUUCUUCUUCCGUAUGCUGCUUGUUUGGUACAAGCGUGAGUUUGAAUGGGCAGAUGUAUUACGUUUGUGGGAGUCGCUCUGGACCGACUAUCAGAGCAGCAAUUUCCACAUCUUUAUCGCACUAGCUAUCCUAGAGAAGCACCGAGAUGUUAUCAUGGCACAUCUGAAGCACUUCGACGAGGUGCUGAAGUAUGUCAAUGAGCUUUCUGGUACUAUGGAUCUUGAAUCAACGCUCGUUCGCGCAGAGUCACUCUUCAAGAGAUUUCAGCGAACGGUAGAGACGAUUGACAAGAAGGGCAACUUCCCUUCUGCCCCACAAGCGCGACAACGCAAGCUAGCUGCUGCAGUCGUGGCCGGUCCGGGACCCAAUACGGCUGCAAGUGCAUCGAAACCGAAAGAUCAAGCAGCAACCUCGGGUAUAGACAAAGGCAAGCAGGUCGGUGAAGAGGAGCGGGAGGAGGCGAGGGUCAUCAGCCCUGAGCUACGUGCACUACUGAGCAGGAAAGUGGAGAAGCUCGAUAAGCAGACCAUCUUAGAGCAUGGCGGUGGUGUUGGCAAGUAA